CCCCGCGCCGCUCUGACGUCACGCGCUCUUUCGCAAGCGGAAGUGCCCGGGGCACGUCACUGAGCUAGUAACAUGAGAGCAGGAAGGAUACAACCAGGCAGUUUGUGAGAAAUCACUUUUUCCUACCGUGUGCAGCAAACGAAAAUAAAAAAAGGUUGCUCAGCAUGCUUUCGGAGGGCGGAUCCUUCGUCAAGGGCAUGGUGAUGGGGGGCCUGUUCUGCGCGGUGGUCUCGGUCAUCGGGAACUUCAGCGCGGGGCCCCAGCCCUCUCCCGAGCUGCACCUGCACCAUCACGUCAAGGCCCCCACCAAGGAGGAGCUCCUGAAGCUGAGCGAGGCCAAGAGGCGGGAGCUGGCCCAGCGAGUCCGCGUGUUCUGCGCCAUCUUGGUCCAGCCCAGGUACCUGCAGCAGUGGGUGGCGGCCAAAGAGACCUGGAGCAAGCACUGCGACAAGGCCAAGUUCUACAGCUCGGAGUCGGUGAAGGCGCUGGAGUCCGUGGACCUGGCCGAGAAGGACGACUGGAUGAAGAUGAGGAAGGCCCUGAAGCAUGCCUACGAGCACGGCAAGGAGUACAGCUGGUUCCUGCUGGCCGAGCCCAGCACCUUCACCGUCAUCGAGAACCUCAAGUACCUGGUGCUCAACAAGGACCCCGAGCAGCCGUUCUACCUGGGGCGCACGGUGAGGUCCGGCGAGCUGGAGUACGUGGAGUACAACAGCGGGAUCGUCCUGAGCGCGGAGGCCCUGCGGCGGCUGCUGGGGGCCUUCGACGACCCCAGCAAGUGCCCCGAGCAGGGCCGCGCCAUCUGGAAGGUGAGCGAGGAGAAGGAGCUGGCCGCGUGCCUGAAGUACACGGGCGUGUUUGCGGAGAACGCCGAGGACGCCCAGGGGAGGGAGCUGUUUCACAGGAAGGCCGUGGGCGCGCUCAUCGAGGAGGCCCUGGCCCAGAAGUCCGGAGAGACGAUCGGCAAGUUGUCGGACCUGGCCAUCUCCUUCAGCUCGGUGCCCCCCAAUCAGAUGCACGUCAUGAUGUUCGGCGUGUACCGGCUGCGUCCGUACGGGCACACGUUCCACGACUCGCUGAUAUUUCUGCCUCCAGAGGGCUCCGACAAUGACUGAGCGGCGCCAACCUGUGGGGUCACAGGUGAACGGGCCAGACUUCAGCGGAAAAGUUUAUUUUUGAAUCUAAGUUUAUGUAUUUAUACACGAGACGUACACACAUGCCUCAUUAUUUUAUUUUUGGGUUUCUGGGAUCACCUCUCUUCUGUAAAAGGGAGGCAGCUUCUGUAAAAAGAAGCAGCUUUAAAAUGGAGGGAAUUAAGUCUCGGGGAUGAAUUUAAUUUAAACUGGAAAGCAAAUUAGAUCUUCUGGGUUGUGGUGGGGGUGUUGUACAAUGAUGUGAGUAAGGGUUUGUGGGCUCAGUGCAGGGCCUCUUCUGCUUGGCGUCUUCUUGGGGAUUCUUUUGUGCAGUUUUUGAUUUUAGUGUCCUGUUCAGUUUUAUUCCAUUAACGUAUAAGAAAACCUGCCAGAAAGACACCAGUGGGGCACAGUUGAUCCACCAAUUUAUUUAUUCCCUUAGCAUUUCAGCAGGGUGUUCCUUUGUUCCUCCUGCUGCGCUUUGCCAGAGUAGCUGUGCAGUGUGGCGAAGUGUGGAAAGAGACUGGCUUGUGAUCCAUACUCAAGAGAGAUGAGGCAGAUUCACAGGAAAGAGAACUUCACAGCUGCCUCUUGGGUUUUGGAACGUUCCAGCUCCUCAAGGAGUUUGCCGUGUUUUCACUUAGCUUUCCUGUGAUUUUGAUGAUCUUUGCUAAACAUUCUGUUUGCUUUGGCUGUCCUGCACUGCAAUUUAUGAAGCACCUGAUUCUCAAGAAAUACAUGGCCUGUAGAUUUAAUUCUGACGCCCUUUAGCUGUGGAAGAAGGGCUUCAGAUUGAGCCCUCAUGCCUCACAUUUGCACGUGUUGCAGGUUCCUACUGGAUAAAAUUCCAUGAUUCUAGAAACAAAAUGCACAGUGAAUCCUUACUUGUUCACUUAAGCCUCCAGCAGGGUUGCAGGGGCUACUGGGGUGCGGAGGGACAUCAAGUCAUGACUUGGAAUUGUACCAUUUUAUCUUAACCAGUCAUGAGCACUGGAGUACCAGACUCUCUUGGAGAAAGAAAAGUUUUUUUUUUUUUUAGCAUUAAAAGCAAAACCAAAUGCAGCAGCUUUAGAAACUGAGCAUGCUUGGAAUGUCAAGUGGGAGUGUUUUCUAAUUCAGAGGUCCUGUAGAGCCGGAGUGUCCAGUCCUGGUGCUGGAGGGCCAGCGUGUCUGCAGGUAUCUGGUCUCUAAUGCCAUGGUGCCUGUAGAGCUGGGGCCAGCUGCUCAAUGGUUCCAGCUGAGCUCGGCUGGAAAGAGAAUCUGCAGACACACUGUCUGCCCGGGGCUGGCUGGGUCACUCCGGCUUCAGAGUAUUGCACACCUCAAGAGUGACAACACUUCUUGUGCCUUGUGGUUAUUGCAGUCGGGUACUGAGGAUACUUCAAGGUACUGGAGAAAAGUAGACCUUUUAUUGUUUAAUAUUCCGCUCUGCCACGCCACCCACAUUUCCUGUCCUUUUUGUGCAAUAGUAUUGGGCUGGGGAGGUCGGACCUGGAACUGAAAGAGUGUGUAGAGACACUUCAGCACACAGCCUGUGGCAGAGAAUUGUGCAGCUGUGUCCUCAGGAGCUCUGAGCUACUGUGCACCAGGACGUUAGACCAGACUGGCACCGAAGGUUUAUCUUGGGAUGUUCCUGAUGCUGUUGCUGGAAAAACAGUGCAGAACGCUUCUCCUAACUUGCACUUGAAGUCGUGUUUAUUUUAGAGCAGGAUCUUAUCCCAGAAAGGAAAGAGUUCCUCCUGCAGUUUUGGUCAAGUCAUGCAUGUUGCAGGCAGUAGGAGCUUGCGCUGAGUGUGCACUGUGUGAGCUGGAUUCGAACCUGUGCACCCCAUCUGCAGCUCUGUUCUCCAAGUACGCUCUGCCGUUGGCUGACCCCGAGCCCAUGAACACGCGGCAGGUGAACGGUGCGGCACUGGAACGGUAUUGGAGGAUGCAGAAAGGGACUCUUCUACAAUAUCAUGACCAAAAGACAGCGGAACACGGUGUCUUCUCUUCACCUCGCCGUCGGCCGUUGCCCGUGAGUGGAGGGGAAAGUCGAUUCCCUCCUACUGUCCCAUCAUCAGAAAGCCACUUGCUCCUGGUCCGGAUCAGGGCAUCCCAGGACAUGUCUCACCUUGCGCCCUGUGCUUCUGGGACUAGCUUGUGGAAGAGGAGCCAGGCCAGAGCAGGGGGGAUGCACACAGGGAGCCUUUUGGGACGCCAGGUAACCUAGCCACCAGGUGCUUGGGAGGUGGGAAGACACACUUGGAGAAUUCCCUGCCUCCAAACGGAAUCGAACACGAGAUCAAAGAGCUUUGAGGCCACAGUGCCACUCUGCCUGCUGCCUGGAAGUCAUUGAAUUUUUUGUACAAUACGAUGCUUGUUAAAACAAUCUGUACUGAUGUGAAUGAGCAAUGAUGUUGAUCGAUAAGCAGAAGAGCAGCAGUUGUGAUCUUUGCAAUGUGCUGCAUUUUGCUAAACUGUCCAUUAAAGAACACAGACAUAUGUUGGUUUUUAGCGAACAUUGUGACAAUGUGAAGUUGUGAACAUCGGGCUUUCACAUACGUAAUUAUGGUUAAAUAAUUGAGUGUACUGCAUACCAGGUUACAGGUACGAAUUCCGGCAUGUCCAUUUUGAGUGUUAAAAUGAAAAGCCAGGUUUAGUUUGGAUUCUGUUACUAUAUCAUGCUAUCAGUUCUCUGGACCCUUUCACUGAGGAAAAAAUAACAUUCUAUAGAUGUAUGUCUACAAAAAAUAUAUUUAAUACAUAUCAAUGUCCCACUGAAUCAGCAAUACACCUGUAUCAUUUUAAGUCUCAUCCAUAGUACGAUAACAUUUUUCUGUUGUAUAAUACAACAUAUUUGUGACACUAUGCUCAGCUUUUCUAACAUUUUGAAAGUAAGACCAAGACAUUUUCCUGUAAUUUUCAUGUCUUAAGAACAGCUGCCCUCAUCUUAAAAGUCCUGAAGCAUAUUUGUGUAUAUUUUUUUACUGACAUUUGACUUGCUGCACAAAGUCUCUAAGACUUUUUGAAGUCUAGCUUUAUUGAAAAAGGAAGGAAUAUCUUAUCUUAAUUGGACGUGAGCUCUAUUAAAAUGUUUCGUAAGUUGUAAAAUAAACCUGAUAUUACUGUUAAAUAAAUAUUUUUGCAUAAGACAUACUUUUCUACUAGCUUUUUGGAUAAAUGAAAAUACAAAGUCAAGAUUCUCUGGACUGUUUGUAGUUUGUCAAUGUACGUCUGUGACUGAAUAUUGCUGUAAAUAAAACAAAAAGUGAUUUCAAAACUGA